GCAAAAUAAUAUAUCCAUCGGCGCAGCAGCCGCGAACAACACAUGAUACCGUGGAUGGCAACUCCUGCGUUCGUGAAACUCGAUUUAAUUUAUAAAAAACGUCGCAAUAAUAAUAAUAUAAAAGAUAUGUAAAUAAUUUUUCGAUAAUUAAAAACGAGAGUUUAUUGUGAGAAGACGUGAGUGAGUUUAAACUGGUGGGUUUGAGUUUCAGGAUUAUUCGGAGUUGAAUAUUUCUGGGAGUAUAACUGGUGGGCUGGUAUAAAGUGUUGUAGGCAGCUUAGUCGAGCAAUGGCCGACGCACGGCUGGGUGAGGACGAGUUGGAGCCGGAGUCGGCGGUUGAUGCUCUUGAUCUGGCGAGUGACGUCGUAUUGUUUCAAAGUGGAGAAUUUUCACGUCGUGUUCACCGGGACUGGUUACGUUCGCGCGAUCCCCAGUCAAUAAUAACAGACAAUGACCCUGCGAGCAUCGCUAUUGCCGUCAAUACGGAUCUCAAUUUGAGAAUCGGUACCCACAAGUCACAUUGCUCGUGGACAUGGCACUUUGAAAUACGAACGAUGGGACGUUCUCUGAAAAAUUUAUCCCUAUCACUGGAUGCCCACCGUGACAACUUUAGCAUUAAAACCGUGCAGCGCGAUGGUGUCAAUGUUGGUUACUGUGAUGGUGGCCAAGAGUGGUACGAUCCGGUAGCAAGAGACUCACGUCGGGACCCAAUAAGUGAACCCGUAAUAUCAUACCGCGUGACAAUUGUCUUCGAGGCGGGUGAACACGGUACUUAUCGUCAGAACAUAUUGUUUGGAUUCGAGGGCUACCCCGUGGUGAGACGAAAAAUAUGCGCCGACUUUGUCCCUCUUAAUGACCUGUCGCGUCUCAAUGAGGCGACCCGUUACUUUUUGAACCAAACUGCACAUGUAUGGUCGCUGAAAAAUAACACCGGUGAUUUUCACCCCUUCGACUCGCCAUUCGUAACGGGAAAAGAUGCCUGGGAGAAAAAUUUGGCUAAAGCGUAUCCGUAUCCUGGGGAAAUGUUUAUGCUGUCACACGCGACGUUGACUGAAGAUUGCUUGACGCGUAAAAAUUACCGCGGUAGGAUGCACGAGCUUAUUUCCGUGGAGGAGUUGGCCAGGCAUGAACAAGUCGCCAGGUACAAUUCUAUUGUUUCGUUCCAUCUUACCUCUUGUUAUGUUUUGUCUUCGCACACUGACGGUUCUACUACUGCCAAGUAUGCGCCACUUGGAGAACUAUUUGCUCAGCUGUCACUAGGUCGUGGAAUAUCAGAAGAUAUGAAAAGCGGACGAUUAUUAUUGAGAGGGUGCAACAAUAUCCUGAUAAAAAUGUACAAUCCAGACGAUAAUCCCGAAUUAUCGACUGAAAUAUUCGAAGCCCAUGUGGAGGACAAGUGCAACUACAUGAUAUAUGCCCGAUUAUCAAAACAUUGCGUGGAACGAUUGAAUCUCAAGCCCGACACCCACGUCAAGAUGCACGUCCAGUUCGUCCUGAGCCGCAUGCCAUUUUGUGAGUGGCAUCGAGCGGUCGACUGUCUACCCGACGAAAGACUGGUUUUUCCGGACCCGAACUUCCAGCUGACGAUGCGACUGCCCCCGAUUCCUGAAUCCAACGAGGACUGGUACGAUCUGCUGGACAACCGGCUCAAUGACCGGCAACGCGAGGCCCUCACUCUGAUGAUCGCCCCCAAUCACAUCUAUCUGCCCCCGAUACUUUUGCUGGGGCCAUACGGAACCGGAAAGACCUUCACUAUCGCCCAGGCGCUGCUGAUAAUUCUGCACCAGAACCCGCUGAACAAAGUCCUGCUCUGCACACAAAGUAACAGCGCCGCGGAUCUCUAUGUUAAAGAGUUUUUCGAUAAAUGGUACAUAACAACGGAAAAAGAGAGACUAAAACCUAUGAGGAUUUACUACAAGAGACGUUUGAGAAAUACGGUCCACGCGACGGUGAGAAAGUACUGUCUGACAGACCCGAACGGAUACUUCUGCGACCCGACGAAGAAGGACAUCGAGAACUGCGGGCUGAUCGUGACGACUCUCGCAACAUCUAGCUGCCUUAUAGCGCUUGAUUAUGAGCCGACGCAUAUUGUUAUCGAUGAGGCCGCUCAAGCACUAGAGUGCGAGGCGAUAACGCCGCUGGCGCUGGUUGGAACAAGAACGCGUUUGAUAUUGUCCGGAGAUCAAAUGCAACUGGCACCCGAGGUCUACAGCGAUUUAUCAAAGGAACGGGGCCUGGGUAUGAGUUUGCUCGAAAGACUUCACAAUCUAUAUCCGCCCGGGCAUCCUUGCCGGAUCAACCUCUGUCAGAAUUACCGUUCACAUGCAGCAAUUGUACAAUUAACUUCGAACUUGUUCUACGGAAAUGAAAUUGAGUCUAGUGGACCGUUGCUACCUGAAGCGCCCAAUUUCAAACCGCUAAUUUUUUACGCCGUCGCGGGAACUGAAUUUCAGGGAGAAUUUUCGACGGGUUUCUACAAUGAUGAAGAGGCAGUGGAACUGGCUAAGCAGAUAGCAUUUUUAAAAUCACGGUGGCCUGUCGACGAGUGGGGACCCUUCUCCGAAGACUCAAUAGGGGUGUUGGCCCACUACGCCGAGCAAGUCGCGAGAAUACGUAACGAGUUACGUAAGCGUAAAUUAUUUUCGGUGUCCGUUGAACGAGUGUUGAAUGUCCAGGGUAAACAGUUUACUGCUGUGUUUAUAAGCACAGUGAGAACGCGCAAUUGCUGUCGGUAUUCCGCGGAAAAUAGUGUGAGUGAUUACGGAUUUUUGACCAAUCCACGAUUACUCAAUACGGCGAUAACGCGCGCGAAAGCUUUGGUAGCUGUCGUCGGCGACCCGGUCGCGCUGCUGACCACCGGACCCUGUCGCUCUCUCUGGGGAAAAUAUUUUCAGAAGGCUAAAGUCUGGGGAAUUCCCUAUAUACAACUUAGAGAACACAUGAUGCAUAGUCUAGCACCGCCUGUACCCCUUGGGAUGCCGCUUAAUCCACUUGCCCGCGAAUUUGUACCGCGAAAAGCGUAAGCCGAUUAAAAUUUAUUAUCAACAUGUAUUUCAUCAGUUUAUUUUGAGAUUUUUUUUUCUCUAGAUUUUAAUUAUUAUCAAGUUAAUUAUAAUUAUAUAUUACCAAAAUAUAUAUUAUAUAUGUAUUAUUAUUGUACAAUGUAAGAUUUAAUAAGAUAUAUUGAAUAUGGCGAUUAUAAUUAAUAAAUAAUAAUAAUAAUGACGAUCAAGUUGGCCAAUAGAUUUAUGAAGCAUGUUUAAUACUGUGACAAUGCAUCUGUAUAAUUUUUAUAAGUGAAUAAAUAUAGAA